AUGUGUGAAAUAGCAUAUACCGUACAAUGUGUUCUGGCUGCUGGCAGGCAGCUGGUGCAGGGGAUGUUGGAAGUUGUGGAAAGGGCAGGGAGAAGACAGCAACGGGCCAACAUCUGCUCCCUCUGGACCAAUCCGGGAGAGGAACAUCUGGGCUGCCCGCCCCCUGCUCUGGAGCGAGCCGGGGAUGCGCUCGGCAGUGACUGGAGGGACCUGCCGGAGCUGGGGCUGGGGAGCAGGAGCCGAGCGGGAAGGCUGCGUUCCAAGCCAGGGGCGAGCGCCGGAGCCCGCCCCGUCCUGUGGCCCCGCUUGCCCGCUGAUCCAAUCAGGGUAUUGACAAAUACGCUAACGACGUCGAAAGUAGCUUACUUUAAGAGAAAAUAUGCAGAAGAAGAAGAUUUACAUCAAGAUUACCAGGGGUAUUUUCCAAAACACCUGAUAUUACCUGAGGACCGGACUUGUAUUCUAAAACUGUCUCUGCAGAAACUUCGAUUCCUUGAAGACCCUGAAACCUAUCUCCGUAGGUCUGUGCUUAUUAACAAUUUGCUGAGGAAGAUCCACCUAGAGACAGACAGAGAGAGCUAUGAAUACUUUAAAGAGGCACCCUGUUAUAGGACCGCUUACUCGGAUACAAGAAAACGGCUGAAGUUUAUGGUACAAGAAUGCUGUUCUCAGUCACUCUAUUAUGAAGAGCUGCAUUCGUAUCAUAUUGUGCCUUAUUCUACAGAGAAUUCCAUUUAUGGAAUGGGCUAUACAAGCGGCCACUUGGAGAAAAAUUCUCAGUUGCUUAUUUAUAAAAUGAAUUGAAGUAGCUGUUAGAUCCACUGAUGUUUUGUUUCUGAACGCUUGAACUGCUUAUUAACAUGCGAAGAUGAGGCACUAAUUGUAAACAGACUUGUGAUGAAAGAUGGGUUACAUACAGAGAUGAAUGGAGGGUACUUUGAAUAAUACUUUGCAGUCAUUGGUAUGCGAAGAGUUUUAUAAGCAGAGAUCUUGCGUGCAAUGUAUUUUGUAGAAACUAAGUGACAUUAAGUUGCCAAUGUAGACAUAUUUUAUCUACUUUGUAUUUAAAUUAUGCUAUCCCAGGUGAGAGGUAAAACCAAAAGUGACAAAUUAUUCUGACAAUGAAGAUUGAGAGGUGGGAGUUAUUUUUUGUAAGGUUUAGCAAGCAAGUUUUCUUUGAGAAAUGCUUUGAAUCUGAAGGAAUGAGUGCCAAAAGAAACACCUCUUUGGUUAGGAUUUCCAAAAAAGCAAAAUAACUGAUCUGCUACUUACAAGAAGUUCUGCACCGAGAUCAGUCAGCACUCUAGUGAGGGUGUUUUUAAUUGAUCCACUCAAUUGCUCUCACUUCAUACUUAUCUUUCUGUUGACACACAUUUUGCGACAAAACAGAAUGACUCAGAUGAAAGUCUAUUUUCUCAGCCAGUUGUCAGUGUUUUCUAAACAUGAUUUGAAUCCCCUCCAGGUUGCCUGGCUGGAACUCUGAGGUUUUUGUGUGUGUGCUAUUUACUAUUCAACCAUGUGGUACAAUGCAUGAUCAGUGUUAGAGCUUAGGUGGGCACUUUUUGUGAUUUGAAAACAAAAAAGCAACACAAAAACCCACCUUCCAGAAAAGGAAUAUAUGUGACACACUGUAAUAAAACCUGAGAGGUCUUUCAUUUGAGAUGAGUUUAAUCUACGUUAGUAACAGUGUUUGAGGUGGAGUUAGAUGUCUAAUGUCAAUUUUUGGAAUUUCCUUUACAAUAUGUAUCAAGCAUGUCCUAUGAGACACAUUGCGCAAUCUGAUGACUAGAAUGGGAAAGUCAUAGCUGCCAGAGUUACGUUCUGAAAAUACCAAAGAAUAACAUUAGGGAGAGGAUGACGUUAAAAUAAAUGGGGUCAAAAGCAGAGAUUGCACUAUAACUUGGGAGAACGUUAUUAACAAGCCAGUAACUACACAGUUACCAAUAUAUUUGUUCACUUAAGGAUGACUUGAAACACAGAAUUGCUGAACAAAUAUGCCUGAUCCAAAGCUUAUGGAACUCAAUGGGAGUCCUAUAGACCAGUGGUUCUCAAACUUUUGUACUGGUGACCCCUUUCACAAAACAAGCCUCUGAGUGUGACCUCCCCCUCUUAUAAAUUAAAAACACUUUAAAUAUAUUUAACACCAUUAUAAAUGCUGGAGGCAAAGUGGGGUUUCGGGUGGAGGCUCACAGCUCGUGACCCCCCCUGGAAGAACCUCGCAACUCCCUGAGUGGUCCCAACCCUCAGUUUGAGAACAUCUGCUAUAGACUAUAAGUUUAUAGUGAAGGAAUCAGCUUUGCAUUGCAGAUUAUGGCCACUGGAGCUUUAGAGGUAAUGCUAAGUGAAAUAAUAGUAUGUUGUAACAAUGGAGGCAGACAUGUAUUCAAGUAACCAAUUUUCUCAUGUAGAUUUGACUGAUGCUAUUUCUGAAGCAUUAUACAGUAUGAACAAAUGAAAAUGGCUUUCUAUGGCUGUGCUUAGUAUAGAAUGAAAAUUCCACCUGUAACCCUCCUUCGAUUUCUAGCUCUUGUAUAUUGCACACACAAUUGCUGCUGUCAGACAUGUAUUAACUGUACAGUAAAUAAAAGGCAAGGACAGGAAGUAUGAGGUGCAAAAUCAAGUGAGUCAAGGAUGAUAUUCAUAGUUAGAAGGCAGUGCAGGUUUCAGAGACAGGGAGAGAGAGAGAGAGAGAACUAAAAAUCCAAGAAAGUUGAACAUUUUUACUAAAAAUUCUCUGACCUAAAUUCAACACAACUACUCCUCCCAAAUUUCAGAAUCUACAGCUGUGUGAAACACCAUUAAUACUAAAUAGACUACAGAGAGCACAGAAACGGGAAAGCUGGAAAAUGGAGCAAUGCUGUUUCUUAAGUCAAGUUAGUAUUGUGUAUGUUUAGGUUCUGAGAAGUCACUUUCAUUUUUGCCCAUACUUAUCUCGGAGGUAAAAGGGUCAAAUCGUCUGAAGACCAGAUCCUCAGCUGGUGUAAAUCAACAUAGCGCCUUUGAAAUCAGUGGCCUUUUGUUGAUCCACUGGAGUAAUCCCAGCGGAAAAACUGGCCCAAAGUUUCCAACCUUAGCUCGCAUUUUGCAAACUGAAGUAUUUUGAAAAGACAUCAGCUAAAAGCUACUAAUAUACGCUACGUAUCGCAACAAGGAAAAUUGAAAGAAGGCCAGGCUAGUCUGAAGAAAGGCUCCAAUUAUCUAAUGUGUGUAAUGAGUGUACUACUAUAAACUGGUAGUGAAAUGAGUUUACUGUACAAUGUGUGAGAGAAUGACACGAUUAGUGUUGUUAGAGGAGCCAUCAUCGCUCAAAGAGCUCUCUUAUCUCUGAUGGUCCAUUGCCUACUGUGUGUGCAGGGAGAGGUGUGGAAAGGCAUAUUAGAGGACUAACAGGUGUCUAUGGGAAAUUAUUUCUGCCUUCUGAUUUUAAAAAUGUGUAAUUUUCUGCUCUAAAGUGAACAGAUUCAUGCACUUUUUUCUUUGUGUUAGUUUUCUGCAGCAUUCAUAAUGAUCAGAUUAUUGUAUGAAAUGCUAAAUAACCCCUUCUCACUGACUGACAAUGGUACCUACUAUAUUGUAUGUACACUAUAAUUCUGGGCUAAAAGGCAAGGCUCAUUACAUUAAAUUAUACUUCACAAAUGAUUCAUAAUGUUACUUCUACUAAUAGUUUGCAAGAAAGGGAGGGGAAAAAAUGAGCAGGAGUUAGCUUUUAACCUUUACUAGAACUACAAGACUUGUUGAAGUCAUCUUUGAAAAAUAGUUCCCUUGUCUGGGAAAAAAGGAAGUGCUUUCUGGCCUCUUAAAAGCUUAUUUUAUAUGAUGCUGCAUGAUGAGUUGCAGCUUAAUGCACCUUUAAAAGAUAUCAAGGAAAAAACACUCUGAACGGGUCUCAGGUAACUAACUGCUCAGCGUUUUAGAAGAUCAAGAAUUUGGUUCUCCCAGAGACAGCUGAAAAAUGGGAUAACUUUGGUGAGAAUCAGACCCUAGAACUUGACUGUGAAAGUUAUUAAAUUAUCGAGUGAUAUUUUAAUACUCUGUUACCAAGCCACCAUUUAGUACUGUAAAACAGAUACAUAAAGAGAUGUUUUAUUGAUAAAACCAUUCAGGGUUUAGUUUGACUUUUGCAGCAUCUUUUUCUGAACUUUCCUAAGUGAUCCUAUCUAUAGGUAGCUCAUGGUCAGACUUCAGUGUAAAGAAAUGUAUGUGAUUUUACAACUGUACUAUGCACACACCCAGGUUAUAUUUGCACUGGGUGGAAAGAAAGUCCUUCCUCUCAAAACCAAUUGUCUUGGAAAAGAUUCUAAAAAUAAUGUAUGACACCUUAGAGACGAUAUAAAGGAUAUGUCUGACAGGGAAAGAUUUGGUAACAACAUUUGGUAAUUUUGCAAAUGACUGGCUUAAGAAAAAUUAAUGUUCAGUGCAGUGUUGCAUGUAUUUACACAGAUACUCACGUGACUGUUUAUUAUAAACAUGUAAAUUAUUACGUUUUCUUUGUACUGCUUUUCCUGGUUGGCUUCAAGUGUCAGGCUUGAUCUUGAAAACAUUUACUAGCAGGCAUUGUGCUUAUUGUACCACGUCGUCUCAUUGCCUGCAGUGGAACUACUUGUGGCCAUAAGUGUUUGCAGGAUCAAGCUCAUAAUUAUCACUCGCCAAAGGCAGAGUGUUUUGCAGUUACAUGACGGAGGACUUACAAACUCCUGUAAGUUACAGGCAUUUGGAAAUACAAUGGCCCAGAUUCUGUAAGCUCUUACAAUGUGCUUAACUUACCAACAUGUGUAGUCUCAUUGAUGUCAAUGGGAUACUCGUGUGCUUAAAAUUAAGCAUAUGUGUAAGUACUUGCAGGAUCCAGGCAGAUGUAUACAGUGAAGCCACUCCUGAAUUGCCUAAUUUUCAAUGGAUGUGAUUACUGAGCUACCGCUUGAGUUCUUGAAUGUGUAUAUCAGGCAUCGUCAGUAGAACUUUUGUUUUUAGUGAAUGCAUUCAGUUGAGUAUAUAGAAUAUUGUGCCUUAAAGUCCCCUCAUCAUAGGAGCCUUCUGUGAAAACUAAACCACAAUAUAGCUGAUGAUAAUUUUGUGUAUUCUCCAAAGAUCCAGGCUGAUACUUGGGAGUACAUUAAAAAGCAAUCACUUUAAAAAGAAACCUAACAGCAGGAUUUCAGACUCUAACCAAUAUAAACCAAGGCUUUACUUUUUAUUCAAUGAUUUCUCUUUCAUGAUUCAUGCAAUGAUAUUUUCCCAGUUCUUGUCAUAUUCCUUGGGUUCUAUUUUACCCACAGCUGCAUGGUAUACACAUGAUGCUCUUCAUAUAAAUUCAGUGACAGAGCUGCAAAACAGAAUUCUCUCUUUCAUUUAAAUCCUUUAUAUACAAUGUUUUUGCAUCAGAGAAUCACCCUUGCAUAUAAUAGCUGGUGCAGGCAUUGUCAAAUAUAUUUGAUAUUAAUAAAGCAUCAAAAGGAGACAUCUAUUUCUACUGAAAGGCAUGAACCUGCAUUAUAAAGUUAGAUGGUGAUUCUAUACCACUUAGUUGGAGUAAUACAUAUUUGUUGUAUAAUCAUGGAAAAAUAUUGUUUUUAAUGUUUAAAAUUACUUGGGACCUGGUUUAAGGGUUUUAUGAGAUUGUUUUCUAAAGUGAAUGUAGAAGAAGCGUACAUGUAUUUUAAAUA